GAUAUUUAAAUAAUUCAACAGUGAGUUCGAACGAAACGAUAUCAAUAACAUGAUAUCUUAAUUGGAAACUCUUAUGAACUCGAUACAUCUUUGAUGUCUCUCGAAUGACGAGUUUCAAUCUAUUUUUUUCAUACUUGGAAGCAAACAAUUUCCAGAAGAUAAAAUGUUAAUUUGGCGGCGCCAUUAAGCUAUUUGAAAGAGGUCAAUAAAAGAUUACAAUUAAUGAAAUUAUCAUAAUUGAGGAUAAUAUAACGUCAAGGAUCGUAUGUAAGGCGUCAUUUCUAGGCUAUGGUCAAUAAAAUUUACAUUCUGCAGUGCAGAAUUACCGAUAAAUGGAAGAUAUUGUCAUGGCUAAUUGAAUAUUCCGCCUGCAUAUUGUCUUCAAGUGAAAUCUAUUAAUGAAAAAAUCCUUCUAUUCACUUGGAAUAAUUUUCGUUUAAAUACCAAAAAAAGAAAAAAAUUUUUUUUCCAUUUAGCAAUGAAAAUUCUUUCAGAAUUAUCAUAAACAAUGAUCCUUUUGAUCGAUAACGAGCACUUUCGAUUAUUUUUCUUCAAAUCUAUUCGUAUAAUAGAUGCACUCGAUUGUCAGAAAUACGAAAAAAAUUUAAAGUGCAUAGAAGAAAAUGACAUAAUGCAAUUUGAACGAUCUUGUUAAAGAUAAUUAAUGACGCGAUAGUUCUAUAUAUGGAAAUAUGACAAUUCUUUUUGUUUUAGAUGAUCAUUUAUAUUUUAAAUUUUUAACAUCUCUCUCGAUUCCUUUCUUUCAUUUCCGUCUUUUUAAAUUUUAAUUUUUUUUCUUUUAAUUUAUUUAAUAUUUCUCGAUUAUACAUUAAUGAAAUUAUACAUCGAAUUAUAAGUGACAAUAUUAACGACUAAGUUGAAGAAGAAACAUUUUUAUAAUAUUUUUAUUAUCAUCAUGUUGUACAAAAAUAUAAACCUGUAUCUACAAGACAAUUGCAAGUUAAUACUAUUAAGUUAAUGGUAGCAUGCAUGCCAAGCGAAUAAGAUAUCAUGUAUGUAAUCAAUUUUCUUCUCACCGAAUGAUAAUACUUAUUAUUAAACUUCGAGCUCUAUUAAAUGUAAGUUUCGCUACGUUUCGUAUUGAUUUUAACAAUUUUUUUUUUUUUUAAUAUCAAUAAUAGGACGUGUAAAUAACGUGGAAACAUCGAUAUCGCGUGUGUGUACUUAAACGGAUAUGCAAACAAAUUUAAACGACGAUUGGAAAUUAUUUUAAUUGGUAAAAACUACAAUGUUCAUUUCUAAAAAAAAUUAUUUAAUGCAAUAGAUUUUAAGAUUGUCGAUGAAAUAUUUUUCGCCAUUUAUACAAAUUAAUCAACUCACGUGUAAAAUGUUUUUUCUAGGUAAAUAUAUAAAAGUGCCCGAUGAAUAUCAAACUAUUAAGGUAUGUACGUGUUUUAUACGUCGCACGAUACGAUACCUCAUCAUUCAUGUACUAUGUGUGUACUAUGUUAUUAUUGCACUUAAGAUAAAUGAAAUUUUCACACGAAGGAAUGAAAGCGUGGAAAGGAACGAUGCUUUCAGUUGUCACUUCUUCACAGUGUUUGCUUCUUAACGUUGGUUUUCCCAAGUCUUCCAUUUUAUUCUUCGAACGAUCAUUAAAAAACUUAUCUUCAAUUCCCACUUCGAAGAAUAUAUAUAUAUAUAUAGUAAGUAAAAUAUCGUUUUAUUUAAAAAAAAAAAUAAUAAUCACCCGUAAUAACUCGCAUUCUUUUAGAAAUUAUUCGAUCAAGGAAUGAAAAAUGAUUCUACCGAUAUACCUGUUAACCCUUCAACAAAUGAAUUAUCUGUACCACUUGCCGAUCAUCGAACGAUCCAUCAAAGAUCUUCUCGACACGAGCCAAUUCCUCAACGUCCUGUUCGUCGUUCAAAAUUCUCUCGGCCGUGAUCCCUUGGACGAUCUCCAGUUGAUCGAUGAGAUCUACAAGACCGUGUCACGCACCAUACCGACGAAUUUCGUUUCCUUCAACGACUCGAUCCCGAUCGAAUUACCGGACAUUGAAGCGACCGAGUCGACGCUCAUCUUAUACUCGUACGUGGCGAAAGAUUUCCCUGAUCGCCGUCGAAGGGAGGACAUCGCUCGUUUCAUAGAGCACUGCCAGAACCGGUCGAAAGUAUUGUUAAUAACCAGGCUCGAGGAAAUGAACUGCAACUUCGAGGGAUUUCUAAAACAGAUCUGGUACGACGAGUUGAUCGACAUGACCGUGUUGGAGUUAUCCGUAUCCUACAAACGCUCGAUAACCAUGAACGUUCAUCGAUACAACCCUUUCACCAACAUAUACGAUCGAACACCGUACACCUCGGCUCUCGACUGGUUCCCCAACAAGAUGAUCGAUCUUCACGGCCACCCGUUUCGCGCUACCGUUUUGGAACGUGAGGGGUACAUAAAUCUGACGGUCGACUCUCGAGACUAUCCUGUCUCGUACAGGGGGCCCGACGUGAAACUCCUUCGCACGCUUGCACGUAUCAUGAACUUCACGAUCGUGAUGCUGCCCAACAACGAUGCGCUUACGAGCCUGAUGGACGGCGAUCUGGACAUGAUAGUACCGAAACUUCCGUUGUUCCCCGACCCACGUUUCGAUCUGCUGGACCACACGUUGCCGUUCGAGUACGAGAAGUGGUGCCCAGUCGUACCGAUCACGUACCAAGUGAACACGAUCGAGUCACGAGCUUUCGCAGCUAUAAUCGCGAAUAUAGUGAUCCUUCUCGCGUUCUGGGCUAUAUCGGCUCUGUUGAAGUUCGAGAAGAGGUUGUGGCAACCGUUGAAGAUAUUCGGGAUCUUGAUCGCGACGAGCGUGUCGAUGAAGCCGGCCAGAACGUUGGAGAGGAUCGUGUUUUUCCUUGUUGUAUUGGCGUCGAUCGUCUACUCGGCCAAUCUCUACGUCGAUCUGACGAGCGUGAGCAUGGCUGACACGAUGGAGACCGAGUACAAGAGUUACAAGGAUCUGGACGAAUCCGGAUUGACCCCUGUCGUCCUCCACAUGAUAUUCAACGUCACCUUCUUCACCGACGACCAGGCAUUCAACUCGUUGAAGAGGAAGGCGAUCGCCGACGAGGACAUGGAAAAUUGUAUCGACGUUCUCUCCAGAUACAGGAACGUCACCUGUUUCAUGGAGUUGAGGGGGAUAAACGCGUUGAUUUACUCCCAGGCGAAGAGGGAUUCGGCCACUAUGAAGGUGUGCAAAAAUUUGUGCUAUGCAAAACCUCACGCGACUUACUUUCUGAGGAAACACUCGCCGUUCAGGAGUAAAUUCGAUGCGAUCAUAUCGAGGUUGGAGGCGGCAGGUAUUCGCAAGAAGUGGCACUACGAUUUCAUAGGGAAAUUCUUCCCGAAGAAGGCGCGACCUGUUAAUCGAAAUUUGUACGAAUCGUCCCUCGUCUGGAAUCUGGUUUACAUAGGGGUGAUUGGAUUCUUGUCGUCAAUCGUGGCGUUUUUUUCUGAAAUUCUCGUAUACCAUUCUCACAAAAGAAGGAAAAACGAUCGAGCGUGAAACUAUAUAUGUAUAUAUAUAUAUAUCUAAGCGGGUGUAUCGUUUUCGUGUUUUUUAAAAUUAAAGAGUUAAUCGAUGUAUAAAGAAAUCGCUCUGUAGGGUUUCUAUAGGAACGAUCUAUCGAUUAAAAUAUUACGUAGAAAUAUAGCAUAGGAUAGGCUGUGAUCUUUUUGAAAUGAUAAAUCUACGCUUCGAACAAUUUUCGUUGCAUCGUUUAUCAGGUUUGAUAUCACGUUGACAAAUUUCUAUCGUCUUCUUAUAUUUCGAAAUAAUUCCCAGUUAUUCUAAUAUAUUGUUAGAAGCAAUCGAACAGGCGAAUUGUCAGUCGGAAUAAUUCUGGUAUUGAAAUUGAAAUUCUGAAAAGGAACCCGAAGCUUCUCCAAUCGAACAAUAAAUUGGAAACCACGAAGCGGAAACUCGUCGAAUUUCUUCCUUUUUAAUUGAUCCAUCGGCUGGAAACGUUUAUAAUAACUUGGAAAGUUAUGGAGAGAUGAAAAACUUAAGAAUCAAAGGUGGGGAAUAAGAAUAAAAAGUGAGUUCACUCUUUAAAGACUGAAAAAAAAAUUAGGAAAUUAGAAUUUUUCUCGAUUCUCAAACUUUUCGAAUAUUCGAACCUUUGCUCCGUAAUAUUUUAAACAAUCUAAUAUUAGGAACAGCUUAAUGAUCCUGUUAUUCUGUUGUUGUGUCUUCAAAUGCCAACCUAUUUUCAGCACGUUAGUGCGUUAAACGAACUUUAACGAUGAAACGGAAUAAUUUAUCGACAAAUUAACCAACUAUACACUAGAUAAUCCCCGGUAACAAGAUCCAAAUAAAACUACAACUAACCAUACCAUAAAAGCCGACCAUAAUAGUGAAGCAAAAUGGUCGAACAGUUGAAGAUCGAUAUCCAUAUUCCUAGUUCCUAUUAAUAAUCAACAAUGUCUCUCUCUUUCUGUGCAAGUGUUAGAAAAAGAAAUAAAUAAAAAAUGCAAUAACCGUUCAAUAACAUUCGUGAUGAAACCUGAACAAUUUUCCACGCGCAGAAAUUACGAUUACCUCUCUCCUCCUCCCUUUGUGCCUUGUGUCUAAAAUUGCGCGGUUAUUUAACAGUCGCAAAAGAAAGUGAGACACCCGAUUCUCAUAGGAUUUUCAUCUCACGCUUUCAAAAUUUUUCAUAACUUAACUCAAAUUAAAUGUCUACACAUAUAAUGGCAAGAAACAACGAAUUCAACGUUAUAACUUACAUUCACAAGAUUUCAAUUUUCAAAAUCUUAGAAACCAAAUGAUUAAUAUAUCGAUGUCCAAUAUAUAAAUCCUAUUUUAAUUCAUCCACCGCAUUUACACAUUUUUACAUCGAAAAAUAAAAUAAGCCAAACACGGGACGGCGAUCGAACUUUUCGAGGAUUCUGCUCCUGCGCGCGAAACAAAAGGUACAAAAGGAAAAAUCAUGGUUUGAAAACUACUCUCAGAGGCUCGAUCGAGAGGAACACCCCGAUGUUUUCCCUUCUCUAGUCGCUCGCCUUUCCAUUUCCGCCGCCUACCCCCCGCUGACAGUUCCGCUCCCGCUGCGAAGCCGCGCAGCAAGUAGCGAGUGUGCGAUCAGUGUCGGGCCGACCGGCAACGUGUGUAGAUAGUGUGCACGCUCUCGCGUUUAUCCUCACGGUUUAUUUCGAUACACGAACGGCCGAGUUACACGGGGAGAAGAAACACGGGAUAUAAACCUCGCGGUCGCCGUUGUUGGAAUUCUGCUAGUUCUCGAAGGGGUCGUCGAGGGAAGAAAGAGAGGAAAAGAGGUGAGCGAUGUAUCCUUUCGACCGUGUAUGUAAAUAGAUGAUGGAUAAUUACGGGCGAUUUCGAAUAAUCGUUUCGUUUUGCAAGUUUUAACGGGGCGGGAAGUGUAAUAUUUGGUAAUUUUGUUAACGCAAAAUUGAUGGAAUUAUCUUAAUUUUGAUCGAGGCUCUUUCGAUAUUGAAAAGAUUGAAAUUUUUGAAUGGUAAUUGUUGGUAAAAUGUUAUUAUAGAAGUGAUUGUUAACGAGUUAUUAAAAAAAUUGUUAUAAGUAGAAUGUUAGAUUUGAAGCGAGUGGAUAUUUUGAAACAGGUAAAAAUAAAAAUUGAAAAAUGAUUUGAUUAUUCCUCUUCGAUUGUGAAAUCGUGAAAAUUCAUGACUCGUUGCUUGUCAAUUUAUCGGUAUUAUUAGCUGGUAAAUUAUCGUGGAAGAGAGGUGUCCGGAACACGGACACGUGUUGAUGAUACUCUCCUGUUGAAUAUUCACCCACGCUCUGUGUUCUACGCUUAUUGUUUUUUCUUUAGAAAUAACUUUCUGCUCUCUAUAAACGACUGAUCUCGUGGUACACGUUUUUUUACGCGAUCAUGUUUAUAAUUUUAUUUUAUUUUCCAUGGUGGUUAUCUAACGGGCACCGUGACACGACGAUUUCGCUUGUGAUCGAGGAAAACGAUCGUCUCGAUUCACGUGCAAUCGUUCACGCUUGAGUUUUUGUUUAACGAUGGAGGUGGUGGAAUGUGGCUCGUGAAACGAAAACGUAAUAACUCGGCUCCCACGUAAUAGAGGCUGCUGUGUUGAUAGAGAUAGUUUAAAAUUUUCGAAAAUUUUAUUUUUGAAUGGUGAACACGCGUGAUUUUUUUUUUUUUGAAUAUAUAAUCCAUUCUCUUAGAAUUUAGUCGAUAAUUCGUUUCGAUUAAUCGAAACGAAGAGUUUCUAUCUAUACAAGAUAUUAAAUUCCUUCAAUAUUUCCAUAUUUGUAUAUAUCUUUUAAAAGAUAUUAGCUUCGUGUAAAUAAUAUUAAUGAUUCGAAAAUUUGUAAAAUUUAUUAUUAUAUUUAGUUCGAUAACAUUGGACCAUAAUUUCCUAAGAAAAUUUUAGAUUUAAAUGUAACGGUAAAACUUGAAACACAAAAAUACAAAAAAAAAAAGCUAUUACACGUGUCGUAAUAUUCACCUCUGAAACUCGAAGUUUUGCGCAUAUAUUAAAAAUGUGUUGUCGUGACGAAAGAACAAAGAAGGUUGUUUGGUAAUCUCGUUAAAAUUCUCCUGGCAGUAGCGAAAUAAGGGUUGGCACCUCCCUAGUCGGCGAAAUUACUCGGCCAACGUCGACUAUUUAAAAUGUCGUUCUUUGUUGCCUCUUACAGACUUUUAUUAUUCCCUAGGGAGAAUUAAUGUCGAGGUGAAUGGCUUUCCGUUUUAUUUAUGACUUCGUUUUACAAAGCGAUUCUUAAAAUUCACCGAUACUUUACGAGAACGCGUUCUCUUUAAAAGCGUUUCUCGUUUUUAACUGGAUAUUCCAAUGGAUUGUGAUCAAAAAGAAUAUCAAUUGAAAAAUUACACGCACACACGCAUUUGAGAAAUAUGUAACAUUUGUAUUUAUAUUAAGUUAUUAAAAUAUUUUUCCACGAUUAAUAAAAUGAAUUUAUUUAGAUCAGAAGAAAA